AUGAAAAGUAUAAUUAUUUAUAAGCAUUUCUCUCAAAAUGAAUGUGACAUCUAUAAGAACAUAUUUGAACAAAGAAUAGCAAAAUGCCUCUUCAUCUUGAUUUUCUAUGUGCAUUUUUGUGCUGGCUUAUUGUACCUGUCAGCAUGCCAUGAAGAAAGUUGUAAUGAGGAAUCAUGGGCAUGGAAUGCUGGACUUAAAUCUACUCAGUCCAAAUUUGAUCAGUAUAUAUAUGCAGCAUAUUGGACAACUACAACUAUCACAAGUGUUGGAUAUGGAGACAUCGUUCCUGGCUCUUUGGUUGAACAAUGUCUGGCAGCAGCUGUUGGUCUUUUUGGCUUGCUGAUUCUUAACUAUAUUGUUAGCCAAAUGUCUGCAACAUUAUCUGGUGAAAAUGCUAACAGGGUGAAUUUCCAGAAUCUUUUUUCAGAAAUGCGUCACUUCAUGGAGCGACAUAAACUCAAAGCUUCCCUACAGAUCAGAGUCAUGAAUUAUAUGAAUCUCCUGUGGUCCAAAUAUCAGUAUGCCUCUAAUUUGUUUUAUAACACAAACAUUAAAACUGUGAGCAACUUGAGCAAAAACUCUCUCUAAAGAACUUUGAGGGGAACAUAUAAUCAAUAUGUUUUUCUCCAGCGUACAUAAGUGUACAGGGUUUUUUUCCACAGUGGAUGCAUAAGAGGCACGUAGUUCAUAUUAAAUACAUGGACUCCAUUUUUGAUUUUGCAUACCUCCUGACAAAAAUAAAGAAAUUAUUGAGACAGAUUUUUAUCAUAAUAAUAUAAUAUUUGAUAAUAAAUCCUUA